GUCUCAGUCUGUCUGCUGAUGCAGUCACCACUCUUAGUUUGCUUUCAUCAACUGGACCGUGAAACUCAUCCGAAACAACUUAAAUACACCAAUUGGUGCGACUGAGGGAAUCUGGCAGCCAUUCGUACUAUAUGUCAGGAGACCUUCUGCACUUUUGCCACAGAACUGGACCAGAAUUAAACAUUCUUAAUUAUAUGAAGUCAAAAUGAAGAUUGCAGCCUUCAAUGCCAAAAACCUGGGAUGGAAAAAAGUCACGGAUAAGACAGUGGUCCACUAUCUCACAAAGAUCAUGUCCCAGUACAGUGUGGUGGUGAUACUGGAGGUGAUGGAUAAGAGCGGUAAGGCCAUGGAGAAGUUACUGAAAGAGCUCAACAACAACAGCUCCAACAGAGACCGUCCUUACUCCAUGACCGCCAGCUCCCAGCUGGGACGAGACACCUACAAGGAGCGCUUUGUUUGUUUCUACAGAGAGAAUGAUGUGAGACUGAAAGCUUGUCACCAGUAUGAAGACAAUCAGGUUGGAGAUGUGGACGCCUUCGCCAGAGAGCCCUUCAUCCUUCGCUUCAGCUGUCCCUCCACAGUGGUGAAAGACCUGGUUCUGAUCCCGGUCCACACCAAACCAAACGACUCGCUGAAGGAGCUGGAUGAGCUGCAUGACGUGGUCAAUGUUGUCAGGAGGAAGUGGAAGACUAAUAAAAUUAUGAUUUUGGGGGAUUUUAAUGCAGAUGGACGUUACCUCUCUCAGAAGAAGAAGAAGAAGAUCCGCAUCUCUUCUGCUCCGUAUCAUUGGCUGAUAAAGGAUGAUGUCGACACGACGACCAGUAACUGUAAUGACCACACCUACGACAGGAUCGUUGUGUACAGACAGACCAUGCUGGACGGCAUCGUCCCUGGCUCGGCCAAACCCUUCAACUUCCAGAAAGAGUUCGACCUGACGGAUGAACAAGUGAGACUCAUGUUUCUGUUCAUCAGCACAUCAUCAGACCUCUUAAUAAUUA